CAGACGUCGGGAGGGAGUUUUCCACUGACGAAUAAGGCUGAGCUACUGAGCAUUCUGCCACGGACAAGAGAAACGCUUUCGCUUGUACGGUGCUCGUGGGCUACAAAAGGCUAACAAAAUCGAGCGGGUCUGUAAGAUCAGUCAACAGAACAAUUGAAUCGUUUGAAUUAUAGUUGAUCUGAUGACAUCACUAAUGGUGAUCGGAUACGUACAUUCUUGGGCAUUUUAGUAGGAUUAAGUAAUCUGGAUUUCCUGCCGAGGCUUCGAAUGUGAGAGACUAUGUUGAUUAUCUGAAGGGCCACUUCCUGUGCAUUGCGGCACACAUUUCCAAACAUCAGAAACGGUUUGACUGUUUCUGUCUGAGAUCGUUCCCCAAUGCUAGCGGCCAUGAGUGGGCUCAUUCUCAAGAGGAAGUACGAGGAGGUGGAGGACGACCCAUGCUACUCCUCGCCAUCCUCACUCUCCUCUUCGGCCUACUCCUGCUGGGACUCAGAGAGCGAGAGCUGCGACUCUGACACACUGGACUCCCCCCCCAGCAACCCCAGCUCCCCUGCCACACAUUUCCACACCACAUCCAUCUUGAAGAAGGCAAAGCGGAUGCGGCGGGAGCGCGGGACCAACGUGACCUUUGACCAGGUGACUGUGUUCUUCUUCCAGCACUGCCAGGGCUUCAUCAGCGUGCCCAGCCGGGGGGGCUGCUCACUGGGCAUGAUGCAGCGUCACAGCGCCCUGCGCACCUACACGCUGGCAGAGUUUGCUGCAGAGCAGAUUGUACUACGCCGCAAGAAACUCCUGGACCGCCUGAGGGAGGAGAAGCUGGAGGCGCUGAAGCUGAAGCUGACCAAGAAUGGCACGCAGGAGAGUGAGGAGGCAGAGCACCUGACCGUAGACGACUUCCCAGAGGAGGAGCUUGACCUUGACCUGGGCACAGCCGGCGCCUGCCAGGACAAUGGCUCCUUCCUGCACCCGUACUCGUCCAAGCGGCGCCAUAUACUCCUCAAAGCUGCUGGCGUCAAGAAGAUUGACAAGGAAGAGAAGAGGCAGUUGCACGAGCUGCGUGUGUCACGUGAAGACUGCGGCUGCAACUGUCAGGGCUUUUGCGAGCCUGAGACCUGCGGUUGCAGCCUGGCUGGUAUCAAAUGUCAGAUGGACCACUCGUCUUUCCCUUGUGGCUGCACUAAGGAAGGCUGCGGAAACACGGAAGGCCGCAUAGAGUUUAACUCCAGCCGCGUGCAGACUCAUUACAUCCACACCAUCAUGAAACUGGAGCUGGAGAAACGUCUGGAGGAGCACUCUGGACCAGAGGAAGAGGAGGGGGAAGGGAAGCUUGAGGUCAAUGGCUUCCAGUUAGACUGCUCUAACCACGGUUACGGCAACAGCUGCAAGCUCCUGGGGCUCCCACCUCAAGCGGAUCAUUCUUGCCUAACAGUUUCUCUCCCCACCGGAACCUCUUUCCACUUCAGCACAGAGCUGGCGGCGGGUGGGGAGAACAGCUGCAGCAGCGACAUGACGGACUCGUCCUCGGGCUCCUCUGCCCAUGAGGACUCUGAGGCAGGGGAGCGUAGCACAGGUGAGGAAUGCUUCCCGCUGGGCGUGGAUGAGAGCAGCCUAAGCCGCAUCCUGAGGUUCAGCAACGCUUACAAUAAAGACUGUACCGUCAACUGCAGGGGUGUGACAAACUGCCUCAACAACAACUGCCAUGAGAAGCAGCAAGCUCUGCAGCAGUCGUCCUUGUUCGGAGGCUUCAGCUCGGCAGAGUUCCCUGAUAAGAAUGAAAACUUUGAUGCCGCUCUAUUAGACUCUACAGAUGAUCACAUGGGUAGUCGGGCAGCAACAAUAUCGGAACUGUUGGACGAGAACGCCAACCAGGGCAAUGGUCUCUUCCACAGUGGCAGUGUUCCACGCACACCCUCACCGUCCUUUGACCAGUCAGUCAGCUAUGGCAUGGACCUGAGCUUGUCCUCCGAGUCAGACCUGGAGUUUUUUUAUGGCUUCCCUUGUCUGGGGCCGAGCUCGCUCUACAGCUCCCUUAAAGAAUACGAACACAUGGACAAUUUCUUUCAGUCCCAGAUGCCUAGUUACCCCAGCCUCCUUCAGGCCAGUGACCCGGUGACCUGCCUUCUGGAGUCUCUGGUUGGCCUGUCAGAAUCUGUCCCAGAACCCCCUGCUACUUUUACAGACAAUCAGUUGUUAGAGGAAGCCUUCAAGCUUUCUGUUAUGGAAUCUGUGAAAGGGUAACACGACAUAAUGUUCAUAGGAGUUGAAAAUACGAAAUGAAAAGGGGGGGGUGAGGGCUGUCAGUGCACAAACUUGUCACUUGAUGUCAAGUAAUGUCAAACUUGUCACAAACUUGUUUUUGAUGUUUACGGUUUAAAGCUGUGGUCUCCCUCUAGCUUAUAACUUUCACAAUUCCAUACUUGCCUUCCAAAUGUGAGCAAAACAGUGUUGGGAUUAAUGAGAUGCGAAAUUACAUUUCAGUUAAGAGUCCGUGUAGGAAAUACAAGAUCAAUUUGGUCGUUUUGAAAUGAUCUUAAGAGCGAUACUGCCUGUCAAAUCCUCCAUCCAAAAGGUGUUGUGCAUAAGCCUCGUUGGUGUCAUGAGGGAAUAUUUGUCGAAUGUGCACCUCAGGGACUUUUUGUAGCUUUUAAAAGCUGUAUUGUGACUGAUGCUGUGUUUAGGAGUGGGCCUACCUUGAAACUGACACGGUCAUGAUGUUGACCCCUACAUGGGUGUAUGGCUCUGUCACAGUUGACUUGAGUAGAUGGGGGUCAACUCUGCUAUUGAUUCUAAAGGGCAGUCAUCAUCCUCAAAAUGCCCCCAAGGCAUGAGACAAGGUACAAAUAUUGUCCCAACGACUCUUAAAUUAGCACUGUAUGUUAUAUAAUAAUGAUGAAUUUAGUGUGUUCAAGCAAAAAGAAGCCAAGAUUUGUUUUUCUGCCUGAAUGCAGAAUUCAUGCCUGCUUCAACCCUGCCCCCAGAGAACCAACCUUUGAUUCUCUGGGAUGGAUUCAACAGUUGAGGAUAGGGUCAUUAUUCAUGAGAUACUACAAAAUGAUGAGAUACUACAAAAUUAUUACAGUUGAAAGUGAUGUUCAAAACAGAAGCUGAAAUAUAUUAUGUUUAUUUUAUAUUUAUUUAAUGCAUAAUGUUAUUGUAUUUGUUUCAUAUGAUGACCUAUAUAAUUCGUAUUGAAGGAGCACCAUGGUUUGAAAUGUUUUACCCAGAAGUGCUAUCUCCUUAUCAAUCCCCCCCCCACCCCCAUUAUAUAUAUAUGUUUCUAUAUAUAUAUAUAUA